AUGGUGACGAUCCUCGACAUCCGACAAUUAAUGUGGCACAAGAUGUCGCCAAAGUUGAUCGCUCGACACGGGAACAAGAAAGAAAGUAAACGCGCCAAAGAGAUGAUCAAGCUGCGAAAGUACGGAAAUUGGAUCAUUUGCACCUAUGCCACUUUGAACGUUUUUGUUAACACUGUGCUCACGAUUCUCUCUGAGAAGGCUUUUCCGGACUCAUGGGGUGUGGGGAAACAAAUAGCGGAAAUUUUUAUUCCCGCAGUUUUUAUCGUCGCUUUUGGAGAGUUAACACCACAGGUUAUUUGUCAUCGCCGUGGCUUGAUAAUUUCAUGGAUGACUCGAUAUUUCACGUGGUUUUGCCUGUUCGCGUUGUCUCCUGUUUGUUAUCCAGUUGCUCGACUUAUCAAUUGUUUCCUUGGGCGAGAAAUGGCCAAGUACACAAAAGUUGAAGCGAUAGAAUUAGUGAGCCAAAACAUUCGAUCGUCUACGGAAGAAGAAAUUCUCAAACGGAUCCAGAACUUGCAGAAAACGGUUGUCAGUCAAGUACACACGCAUGUUGAGGACAUUUUUCGACUCACUGACAAGGAUAUUCUUGAUGAAAAGUUGCUUUUUGUGAUUGCCGAGAAGGGUUAUACGAGAGUGCCGAUCUUUGAGACGAACAAUUUGAUGAGAUAUAUCCUCAAUACAAGAGAUUUGCUAACAGUACCAUUGAGCCCAACGCUGACAAUUGGGAAAUAUCUAAGUGGAUUCGACCAGAAACCAGAGAUCCGAGUCGUUUUGGCGGACACACCGGUGAUUGUCGUGUUGAUCGAAAUGUUAAGGACACAGAAUCACAUGUAUACUGUUGUUAGAUGCGAUGGACCGUCACAAUUGCUUGGCUACGAUGGUUCGGACAGUGUGUGGUCAAAGAAUCGACGCGCUAAACCACACGAGGAUCAAUCGGUGCUCGCUUGGCUGAAAGAACCGAUUGGACCUGGCGAGAUUCCACAGCCAGCAAAGCUGAACCUGAUACAGAUGCUUUUUUCUGCUCAUCCAAAACUUAAAGAAAAGGGAUUCGAUUUGCGUAUGGCUCAUCAGGCGAUGAACUCUAGUGUACUCUACCAGACAAAAAGGGAUACAAUUGUAUGUCGAAAAGGGGAAAUCAUCAAAAGGAUUUUUGUGAUUUACGUUGGCGGUCUGAUUGUUGACAAAAACAACUAUAUCGCUCCGAUCAUUCAUGGCAUUGAAUUACUGAAGGAGUUGUGUGAAACCGAAAUAUAUCGAAAUCGGGAAAUCUUGGCCGUUUCACAAAAUACUCUCCUUCUCCAAAAGGGGACGGUCUUCUAUUGGCUUUCUCCCACGGAUCUACUUAACCAGCUGAUCUUCUCGAAAAAGAAAAAGAUUGCAAAAGAGUUUUUCAUUGGAAUCAACAGUCAAAUCAAGGUAGAAUCAUUGUCUCAAACGAAGGACUUUGUACCAGCAGAAUUUGAGUCGCUGACCAACAAGCAACACCCAACCCAAACCGAAAUUCUAUGGAAAGAAUGCGAGACGAAGGAGAAAACGUUCAAACAUUUCUGCAAGCAACUUCCCGAUGAGACGAGAGAAUGGACGAUUAAUGAGGAAAGAGCCGACGACACACAAUUCGACACGGAAAUGGACUCGGAGCGAAUCCAGCGAUCGAAUAAAACUUCUAAAGGAGUGAGUCGCGCGGCCGUCAGCCAGAGUGGGACCGCCGUUUUGCCAAUCGACUGUUCGUCACUUAUAUCACCAACUUGCCAUUCUCCGCCAAAGACGCAGGAAUCUUUUACGAAGCUCGGAGAAACCCAAUCACGGGAAGCAACUCCACAGCCUAAACAAGAAUCAAGGGUAACACGUGGAGACUCU